AUGUGUCCUUCUCGUCGUUACGAAUACAACCUUCCUAUACACAGUGGUAUCUCCAACCUCGAGUUAGUUUCAUCAGGUACUAAUGUGAAUCCAUCCUCUCUUAUACACAGUGGUAUCUUCAACGUACUGGAACUACCCGCGACUGCUGUGUGUGCGGGACUGUCUCACCACGGUCUGCCUGUGGGUGUGCAGUUGAUUGCAGCCAACGGCAACGAUCACCUGACAAUAGCCGUCGCGUGUGCACUGGAAGAUGCCGGUGUCUCUAAGUGGGAACCACCACGUGUGUCAACCAAGGGCGAGUAAAUAAGCUCUGGCAAAACAGGUAUACCUCGGCCAGCCAAGGGGAAAAAAAUAUGGGUUUGUGACUCAUCAUAAGGACUUCAGUGGCUAUCACCACCUUACUAUCACAACGAAUCCGAUGUUUUGUCGGCGGCUGUUGAGGUUAACAAUUGUUCAAGUAGUGUUGGCGAUUAUGGAGCUGUUCUCGCCAAACACUUCAACACUGGGUGGACAGAGAAGCUCAGUCGCAAUAAGGGAUGGGAACUGCGGAUGAGACUGCGUAUCAUGUGACGAGUAAUUGAUCGCAGAGAACGAAAUAGAUAAGCGCUGAAGUGAUCUGCGAAGAGUGACAUUUGUUCGUUUGGAACCAAUGGUGUGUAUGAAUGUACCACAUUGUCCCUCAAAUGAUUACGGAAUGUCUGGUGGGCAAAUCAGCUGCUCCACCGAUGUAGUGAGCAUACACUAGAUGUCACGUGGACACGAGCACCUAAUUCUAUAGAUAUGCUAGAAUGGAUUAAGAUACGAUAGCCUCGUGUGAACGGAUGGCUAUGAAGAUUAGGAAUUGCAAAAAGAUAUAUCUAUUUAGUAUAUGAAUUACUUGACUAAGGCUGGUUCUUUGCUGAGCCGAAUUAAAUGGGCAUCAGGGUUGAAGCGGAAGCAAUCGGUUUUUCUUAGCUUCCAUCUCGUACUUGAUUGUGUGAGUGCAACAUCAGGA